AUGGUGCAUAACUUUUAUGCCGGGAUGGGCGGCUUCGUGAUCGAGACCAAUGACAGUGAUCUCCAUCCAUAUAUGCCGGGCUCGCCGCGGCAAUCAAUCACAGCACAAGGCGUUGCGAUACUUGCAGAACAUGGUCAUCUUCCUGAUAUCUUACAAGAACCCUUAAACGAUAAGAGUAAAGCCGACCAUGUUGCCAAGACUCUUGCGAUCGUUCAGGCGAGCUGGCUUCUCAUCGAGUGCAUUGCCCGAAUUGUAACGCGCUUACCUCUCACACUGAACGAGAUCAAUACCCCGGCUCAUGUCAUGUGCGCUUAA